AUGUCUACACCACAAACCACGAAAGCCUGGACAGUUGAGGGCGCGGGCAGCUUCGACUGUCUCAAGUUUGACAAGGAGCGCGUCCUCCCUGCACUCUCCGACAACGAAGUGUUGGUCAAAUUCCACGCUGCGUCUCUCAACUACCGCGACAUCAUCAUUGCCUUGGGCUACUAUCCUUUCCCGGCGACGCCAAAUGUCAUUCCAGGCUCCGACGGAGCUGGAGAAAUUGUGGCAGUUGGUUCUAAAGUCACCCGCUUUGAGAAAGGUUCCAAGGUUUUGACACUGUUCAACCAAGCACACUAUGGUGGGCCGUUGACCCCAAAGAUCUUGGGUACAGGGCUAGGUGGUGUCCUUGAUGGCACUAUGCGACAGUACGGCGUUUUCAAUGAGAAUGGACUGGUGGACAUGCCAAAGAACCUCAGCUAUCUGGAGGCCGGAACACUAUCUUGCAGCGCCCUGACGGCAUGGAAUGCUCUCUACGGGCUCAAAGCAGUCCAAGCGGGCGACUGGGUUCUGACGCAGGGUACGGGCGGUGUGAGCAUCUCUGGCCUGCAGUUUGCAAAGGCGGCAGGGGCUCGAGUCAUUUCCACGACGUCUUCUGCAGCAAAGGUUGAGGUAUUGAAGAAGCUCGGAGCGGAUCAUGUCAUCAAUUACAAGGAGACCCCGAACUGGGGCGAGGAGGCCAAGAGGCUGACGGGAGGUGCUGGUGUUGAACAUGUCAUCGAGGUUGGAGGCGCGACAACUGUGGCAGAGAGUCUGAAAGCCGUCGCCAUCGGUGGUCUUAUCACCAUUAUUGGCUGGAUCGGCGGAGAGGGAGAAGCAGGGCCGGUUUUCCCUCAGAUCUUGGCCAGCCAGGCUGUCGUCAGGGGAAUCGUUGUGGGAAGCCGAGAACAAUUCGAAACAAUGGUCCGGACUAUUGAGGCCUCCAACAUCAAGCCCGUUGUUGAUCAACAAGUCUUUAAGCUCGAGGACCUCAAAGAGGCCUAUAAGUAUAUGUGGGAUCAGAAGCAUCUUGGCAAAGUCGCAAUCAAGAUUGAGUAG